CUCUCUCUCUCUCUCUCUCCAGUCGCCACAGGCGCAUAACGAAAUCCCAUAGACCUCAGGCUGUUUAACCAUUUUCAAGGUUAACUUUGUGAUACGGCUCGGUUUUGAAACCGUAAACGGUCUCACCGCGUCUUAAACCACGUACUGUCUCUUUAAGAGGCUUCACCCGCGACCUCCUGUCCAAGCGUUCUCCAAAAGUGACUUUUUUGCCUGUCCUGCUGUUUCUGCGCGCGCUUUACUUCAUCCGUGACUUCUUAUUUAUUUAUUUAUUCCCGUUGGAAACUUGAAGGUACUCUAAACAUGGCAGAGAUAGGGAAAGGGGUGAGCCCUGGAAAACUGGCGAGUAAUGUACAGAAGAGGAUAACCCGAGCGCAAGAGAAGGUGUUGCAGAAGUUGGGUAAGGCGGAUGAGACGAAAGACACGGCCUUCGAAGAGGAGGUGGCGAACUUUAACAAGCAGCUGGCUGACGGCACCAAACUCCAGAGAGACUUAAAGGCGUAUUUGGUGGCAGUCAAAACGAUGCACGAGUGUUCAAAGCGUCUGCACGACUGUCUGGCAGACAUUUACGACCCCGAGUGGUUUGGCAAAGAGGAGGUCAACUCCCUCGUGGAGAACACUGACCACCUGUGGCAAGAGUUUCACCAGGAGCUUUUGGAUAAUGCCGUCGUUACCAUGGAUACAUACUUGGCUCAAUUUCCAGAUAUAAAGGCUCGCAUUGCAAAGCGUGAAAGGAAGCUGGUCGACUUUGACAGUGCCAGGCAUCACUUUGCCUCCAUACAGAAAGCCAAGAAAAAAGACGAGGCCAAAAUUGCCAAACCAUUGGCUCUGGUGGAAAAAGCAGCUCCUGGUUGGGCUCAGGGAAUAAUCACAGCGCAUCAAAUCGCUCAAACUAACCUCUCGAGAAACCAGGCUGAGGAAGAGUUGGGGAGAGCUCAGAAGGUCUUUGAAGAGAUCAACUAUGAGCUUCAGGAGGAACUUCCCACCCUGUGGAACAGUCGUGUUGGCCUCUAUGUUAACACAUUCCAGAGCGUUGCUGGCCUGGAAGAGAAAUUUCACACGGACAUGGGCAAACUGAACCAGAAUCUAAGCGACAUUAUGACCAAACUGGACGAGCAGCGUCAAGUGAAAAAAGAUGUCAAUGCAGCUAGCACCGAGGAAAGUGAAACGGCACCCAACCACAAUCUCUCUGGGUCUGAUUCUGGGUCAGACGUCCCCAAAUCCCCGCCAAAGUCCAGAGAAGACCCGCCGGUUUCACCGCCCAGCAGACCGACCUCAUCUCAGGAGGUGAUAGAGGACAACAUCAUUGACCUGAUAGAAGAUACACUUGUUCUGGAUAAUAAUAUUACAACCCCUUCACAGAAUGAAGCUCCAACAGUGACAAAUGGCUCUUCAGAUGCUGAGCUGCCACCCUCUGUUUUGUUUAAGGUGAAAGCAGUGCAUGACUAUGGAGCAACAGACAACGAUGAACUCGAUCUGAAAGCUGGUGACAUUGUGCUCGUGCUUCCCUUCGCCAACCCAGAUGAACAGGAUGAUGGCUGGUUAAUGGGCGUAAAAGAGUCACACUGGCUUCAGAACAAAAACCUGCUAGCUAAAGGCGUCUUCCCUGAAAACUUCACCCAGAAACUGUAAGCGGAACGACCAUCGGACUCUCCUCAGAAUCGAACGCUAUCAUCUCCACGCUUUAUUUUCUCGUGGUUUUUCAAAAAUAAGGGCUUCUCAAUCUAUUCUAUAUACUGUGGUCCCAUUUAUUGACAUUAAAGUGAAUUUUUAAGGGCAUUGGAGCAACACAUUAUUUCACACUAACUUUGUUCUUAUGCUUUGUUUGGGUCAGUGGUAUCAUCAUCUGACUUUUGGUUAUUUAUUUUAAUUCCUGGUCAUUUGAAUGAAUGCGAAUGUGAACGUCUGACCGACUCUCUUUGACUUUUCUGAAUAUGACACGAUCAAUCAUUUCAUAUUUAUAUUCUAUAUUUGUUUAAAUAUUGAUGUCUGCGGGUAUAAGACACCAAAGGAUAGAAAACUAAAUGUAUACUUUGGGACAAACCACUAAAUACAAAGCGAUUCACUUGACAACCCUUUAGUGACGUACUGUAAAACUGAAGAGCUUAUAAACAUUGUUUUGCAUUUGUCUUGAGUAUUUCAUAGAUCUUUAUGGAGUGGUGAAUAAAUGCUUUAUUGUUAAACUGGAGAUAAGUCCAUCUUCUGCUGUCCAUUUACAGAACUGUUCAAAAUGUAUUUUCAUUACAAUUCACAGAUUUAAAUUAUUUUGGUGUUGAUCUGGAAAAUGUAUUAUGAAACACUGAGCCCUGAAAUUUUUUCUGACAAAUAUACUGAUAUGCCAAAAGAGUGUUGAAUCCCACUUAGAGGUGAUUUUUUUUUACAAAUAUUUUGCUGCUGUUUGUUUAUUAUAAAGUCUGAAAUUGUCAGUCUGUACUUCCAGAGAUAUCAUUCACUGCCUCUGAGCUGUUUACAUAUUAGAGCUGUGAUUUUCAUAUUUGAUUCAUCUCAAAGCUCUGUAUUUGAAUCCAGUUUGAAUAUUGAAAUGCUUGUAGGGCCUUUGAAAUAAUGGCUGCGGGGAACAUUUAUUCACUGUUCUUUCUAACAUCAAUGUUCUUGAAUGACCUUUUCGGAUGAUAAGGCUCAGAUUUCUAUGAGGAGGUGUGAGAGGGAUGUUUUACUUUGAACGGCAAAUUGCAGACAUACUUUACAUUUUACAAAAAUUGCAGAUUGUUUACCUCAAGGAAGUGUUUGUUAUAGUUUCGAUUCACAUCGUAGUUCAAUGCAACUUGGGCUCGUGUGGUUAAUAAAUGUGACCCUGGACCACAAAACCCUAAGGGUCAAUUUUUUAAA